GAGGACUAUAUAAAGAGAGUUCUCACAAAACCCUCCCUUCCUCUUCUUCAUCAACCUGUUAAACCAAAGUCUCAAACACUACACUCUCUUCUCCUUCAGUCUUUUUUUAUUUAAAGUAAAAAAAAAAAAAACAAUUUUUUUUUCUCUGUUUAUUGAUUUAGAAACCCUAAUUUGUGGCCGUAAUUAAGUUUUACUCCAUUGCUCAUUCCAAAACCCUAGUUCUAUAAUCUCAUCCUAAUUACAUAUCUUGUGAUUAUUGCAACCAUUAAUUGAGGUAAGCCCCAAAAGAUCUCUGUUAAUCAAAUUCAUUAUUAAGUUGUUACUCAGAUUCAUAAAACUGAUCAUUGUUGAGGUUUAAUUAGGGUUUAGGGGUUUAAAGAAACAGCUAUUAUGGAUGAUUUAGAAAAGGCAAUACUAAUUAGUUUUGAUGAAUCUGGGGCAGUUGAUUCUACUCUUAAAGCACAAGCAGUUAGUUAUUGCCAACAAAUUAAAGAAAAUCCAUCAAUUUGUAGUAUAUGUAUUGAGCGUUUAUGUUUUACUAAACUUGUUCAAGUUCAGUUUUGGUGUUUACAAUGCUUACAUGAGGUGCUUCGUGUUCGAUAUUCGUCGAUGGGUUUAGAGGAGAAAUCGUUUAUUCGAAAAUCUGUGUUUUCAUUGGCUUGUUAUGAUAGUAUUGAUGAUAAGAAUUUGGUUAGGGUUUUGGAUGGUCCGGCGUUUAUAAAGAAUAAGCUUGCUCAGGUGAUGGUUACUUUAAUUUAUUUCGAGUAUCCUAUGAUAUGGCCCUCGGUAUUUGUUGAUUUUUUAUCGAAUCUUAGUAAAGGUGGAGUCGUUAUUGAUAUGUUUUGUCGAGUUUUAAAUGCGUUGGAUGAGGAAGUAAUUAGCUUGGAUUAUCCGAGAAGCCAAGAUGAGGUGGCGAUCGCUGGGAAAAUUAAGGACGCGAUGAGGCAACAGUGUAUUUCUCAGAUUGUUAGGGCAUGGUAUGAUAUUUUGAUGAUGUAUAGGAAUUCGGAUCCGGAUUUGUGUUGUAGUGUUUUAGAUUCUAUGAGGAGGUAUGUUUCGUGGAUCGAUAUAGGUUUGAUAGCAAAUGAUGCGUUUGUUGGGUUGUUAUUCGAUUUGAUGUUGGUGAGUGGUUUUCCUGAUCAAUUAAGAGGUGCUGCUGCUGGUUGCGUCCAUGGUGUUGCUGCUAAGCGAAUGGAUCCGAAAGCAAAACUCGCUCUUUUGCAGAGACUUCAGAUAAGCAAGGUUUUUGGUUUGGUAGCAGAGGAUAAUGACUCUGAGUUGGUAUCGAGUGUUGCUUCUUUGCUUACUGGAUAUUCUACUGAGGUUUUGGAGUGUUUGAAGCGUUUGAACUCUGAGGACGGAAAAGCUGUCUCGACUGAACUAUUGAAUGAGGUUUUGCCCUCAGUUUUCUAUGUAAUGCAAAAUUGUGAAAUAGAUGAAACCUUCAAUAUUGUGCAGUUCCUCUCUGGGUAUGUUGGCACAUUGAAGAGUCUGGCUCCGUUAACCGAGACACAGUCCCUUCAUGUAGGUCAGAUACUGGAAGUGAUUCGGUCUCAGAUCCGAUUUGAUCCUGCUUAUCGCAAUAACCUCGAUGUGUUGGACAAAAUUGGGAAGGAAGAGGAAGAUCGGAUGGCUGAGUUUAGGAAAGAUUUGUUUGUUUUACUUCGGAGUGUGGGCCGUGUAGCACCUGAUGCAACUCAGAUUUUCAUCAGGAACUCCUUAGCUAGUGCUGUUGCAUCAAAUGGGGAUGUUGAUGUUGAGGAGAUAGAAGCUGCACUCUCUCUUUUAUAUGCCUUUGGGGAAUCACUUAGUGAUGAAACUAUGAAAACUGGAAAUGGUCUCUUGGGAGAACUAAUACCAAUGCUUUUGUCGACAAAGUUUCCUUGCCACAACAACAGGCUUGUUGCACUUAUCUACUUGGAAACAGUAACGAGGUAUAUGAAGUUUUUUCAGGAGAAUACACAAUACAUACCCUUGGUUUUGAGCGCCUUUCUUGAUGAAAGAGGCAUACACCAUCCAAAUAGUAAUGUGAGUCGAAGGGCAAGUUAUCUUUUUAUGAGGAUUGUGAAGCUUCUCAAAGCAAAACUUGUACCCUACAUAGAGACUAUUCUACAGAGUUUGCAAGAUACAGUUGCUCAAUUCACAACAAUAUAUGCCGCCUCCAAGGAGCUUUCUGGUUGUGAAGAUGGUAGUCACAUUUUUGAGGCGAUUGGCUUAUUAAUUGGAAUGGAAGAUGUACCACUUGAAAAACAAUCAGAGUACCUAACCACCUUGCUUACUCCUCUUUGUCAGCAGGUUGAGGCUUUGCUCUUAAAUGCCAAAGCUCAGAAUCCCGAAGAGUCUCCAGCAAAGAUCACCAAUAUCCAGCGGAUAAUUAUGGCCAUUAAUGCUUUGAGCAAGGGUUUCAGCGAGCGUCUUGUAACUGCUAGUCGCCCUGCAAUCGGUCUCAUGUUCAAACAGACAUUGGAUGUCCUCCUACGCAUUCUUAUCAUAUAUCCAAAGAUAGAACCUCUGCGGUGCAAGGUCACAUCAUUUAUUCACCGCAUGGUGGACAUACUAGGAUCAUCUGUAUUUCCAUAUCUGCCGAAGGCACUGGAGCAAUUGCUAGCCGAAAGUGAGCCGAAAGAACUUGCAGGCUUUUUGCUAUUGCUUAAUCAGCUUAUCUGCAAAUUCAACACUGGAGUUCGAGACAUUCUGGAGGAAGUUUACCCUGCUAUUGCUAGUAGAGUAUUUAAUAUCCUCCCGAGAGAUGCUUUCCCUACAGGUCCUGGCAGCAAUACAGAGGAAAUCCGAGAGCUACAGGAACUUCAGAGGACGCUUUACACCUUUCUUCACGUGAUUGCUACACAUGAUCUGUCAUCAGUUUUUCUUUCCUCCAAAAGUAGGGUUUACUUGGAUCCAAUGAUGCAGCUGAUAUUACAUGCAUCCUGUAAUCACAAGGAUUUCGUUGUUCGUAAGGCAUGUGUACAGAUAUUUAUAAGACUAAUCAAAGACUGGUGCGCGAGUCCUUAUGGUGAAGAAAAGGUGCCUGGUUUCCGAAGUUUUGUGAUUGAGGCCUUUGCAACAAACUGUUGUCUGUACAGCGUCCUUGACAAAUCCUUUGAGUUCCGUGAUGCAAAUACGCUUGUUCUUUUCAGCGAGAUUGUAUUGGCUCAGAAGGUCAUGUAUGAGAAAUUUGGCAAUGAUUUUCUUGUUCAUUUUGUAUCAAAAAGCUUCCAUAGUGCUCAUUGCCCCCAAGAUUUGGCUGAGCAGUAUUGCCAGAAAGUGCAGGGUAGUGAUAUCAAAGCGCUGAAGUCAUUCUACCAGUCGCUUAUUGAAAAUUUGAGACGUCAACAAAAUGGAAGCUUGGUGUUUAGAUAGCAUUUCAGUAACGAUGAGAUCAAUCACUUUAUUGUUGCCUAUUUGCUUCUUGUUGUAACCGGUUGUCCUGGUUAAAUAAUUUUGUCAACAGCGUUCUUUUCUGUAAAUAUUAUUCGUUUUGAGUCUCAUGGACAGCGAGGUGUAAAUUUGCGGAAGCAGUUUCUUGAUAUGGAAAUAUUAAUUAAUCACACAAUUUUGCUGCUCAAGACGGUGAAGGCUGCUGAAGGCGUUUUUGUGUAACUGUAUUUAUUUUUACAGCGCCUUGAGGAAUUUUUUUUUUACAGCGCCAUUGAGUUGCUUUCUGGUCCCGUCUUCUUUUUAACAUUUGAAGGAUUUUCAGUUCGUUCUGUAUGUGCCGUUAAAUCUGCAGGUGGGUUGGGACUUUUAGGGAAGGUGAGCGGGUAGGAUGGUUAUGCAUGUUGUCGUUUAGUAUCUUCAGUUUAGAUCUGCUGAGAUACUGAUUUAUUGUGGCAGUAAGAGUUUAGUUCUAUUUGGGUGGCCAGUGUUUGCAUGAAGUAGUGCAUUUUGAUUGUAUUUUGGCUACUUGAAUGUAUCAUUUUUUUGUUCAAAA